AUGUAUUUCAGGUGUGGAAUCUUUUUGCUGAUACUCGUCGGCUGUAUUGGAUAUUGUAAGUAUACAAGACACACGCAGGCGCAGGCGCACACUCGUACUCGCCCGCGCACACUUACGUACACGCGCACAUACGCGCACACACUCACCCGCGCACACUCACGUACACGAGCACACUCACGCGCACACGCACAUACAGUCAUACAAUACUUAAACAAUAAAAUGUAGUUGCAGAAAAAUAGAAUUUGAUUCUUUAUAAUCAAGAAGUUACCAGAAGUUUUCAAAAUUUUCAAUUUUGUUUUCCUCGUUGCUUAUGUUAUGUUCUGUUUGUUCUUUACAGGUGCAGGUAUGGUUUUCCAGCUUUGUGACUUUGCAGAAAGGAAUAACCUGAAGAGUUACAAAAAGAAUUAUUCUUAUACUCAACUUUAACUUGGGAUAAUAAUUCUCUAUAACAACAGAACUCACAUGUGAUUAUAAUAGCUCGGCUAUAUCACUUGGUGCACUUGCAAUGCCAUAAGUUCAUAAUGAAGUUUGAAAUCAUAAAUGUUGCAAGACUAGCUAAUGAAAGAACAUCGGGCAGAAUUUCGAAGUUGUUCGUGGUUAUCAAUUUGUUGUGGCCGUUUUGUAUUCCUUCAUCCUCACACAUUAGUCACUGGGCUACAGCCUUAGGUUAGUUUAGAACUUGUUUUGUGUCUCCCAUGAAGGCAAUCUUUCAUUGAAUUUCAGGCAUGGAAGCAGAUUUAUGUUAAAAUAGUCAUUUAGGAUGACUUUUAACGCUUACUUGGUACUAUUUUUACUUGAUAAGGUUGUCCACCAGGCUGUAUCGCGUUGAUUUGCUACCGAGUUAAAGAAUUAUUUGGCUACAGUCUGUGCAAAUGUUUAAAAUUGCUAAUGCAAGCGAUCAAUUCUUUACUAGGUGGAUGUGUGGAUUCACGUCCUGACUGUAAUGUGUUGGCACGUGACAAUAAUUGUCACAGUAACCCGUAUACAACAUUACGAGAUUGCCCCAUCGCCUGUGCCGUCAACUGCGGUAAGUAUUUCAAUCUAGCCUUCUCAGCUUCAAUUCGUCUUUCUGCCGAGAAAGGCGCUUCUAGUAGGUUUCCACUUCGUUUAACCUUGGAAUCAAAUUGAAAGGUUGUAAAGCGUUUGGCCAACGAUUGUGUAGUCUAUAAAUAAGUCGUUGAAAGAACCAGUCUCCAGAUAAACUCAAGCAAUCAUAAAAAGAAACAUUUUUCACUCACUGUUUUUCAGCCUCCGUUAGGGGUUGACACAUCAUGCUCCUAAAACCGAGCGUUAUGUUUUUUUGCGUCACCCUCAAAAAACGGAACUUAAGCUCCUAAUUAUGCUCGACUGUCGCUAUUAUGCUCGUUACUAUGCCGCUAAAAUUUUCCUGCCCCCUCCCUCCCGCGAAACAAACGUAAUUUUCCUGAUAUAUUGUUAAAACAAAGGUACAAAAAAUCAAAAUAAUCAAAUUGAGAUAACUGCUCCUACGAAAGAACGCAAUAUUCAUAAGUAAAUCAGUAACACACAGUGAACAUUUAACUCAAGGGAUAACAAGUAAAGCUGGAAAGUUAAUACUUGUAACAAGUCAAAUGUGCUUAAUAGUAACGAAAACUUCCUAGAACUUUCUACCAAAUAAAUGGACGCUAGUAGCUAAAAUAGCUAAAACAAAACAACAAAAUAAUGAUUGUUUUAACGCAGAAUAGCACUAUGGUGCCGGCAAAAUAACACUAUUAGGUCAGCAUUAUGCUUGAUGCUCCACCUAUGCUAUUAUACUCGAAAUUGUACCGGCAUAAUGUUUCAGUUUGAUUUGUUUGAUUUUUCUAUAGUGCCCUGUGUGGAUCACAGAUGGGACUGCCCAAGCCUUAGCGACGACUGCCAUAGCAAUCCGUUCGCUACAAUCAAUUUAUGCCCAAAAACCUGUGGUGCUUGUACUUAA